GCUAACGUUAGCAGCUAACUACGUUACAUUUUAUCUGGGCACAGCUAACGUUACUUUACAGCCAGUUCGCGGAACAAAUUAGCUUUUACUGCCAUAAAAUGUGGACAGUAAUCAGGAGGAGGAGAAGGAGCUGACAGCGAAAUAAAAGUUGUUGGUGAACUCACCUUUUUGGCCUCACCUCCUGAAACUGGAUUUGGAGGCUUCAGCGAUGAAUUUUCACCAAUAUGGUUUCCAUACUUCACAGUGAUCAUAUGAUUGAUUUACUGUAUAGAUCAGCAUGUUUCAUCACCAUGGAAUGAGUGGUUAAUGAAACUGUGGCUGUCAGUAUUUUUGCUGAAAUGUCCUGCACGGAGGAGAUAUCUUAAACUACAACUUUGACUUCUACUUGUUCUGCUUCACGUCAACGGAGUCACACAGCCAUGAGCUUCUGUUCACCUGUGUGCAAGAUUUUGAGGAGGGGGAAGUAUUUUUUACUGGUCCUGCUCUCUCUAUCAGUGCUUGCAUGGAUCGCAACUUUUUCAAGCGAAACUGUGAAAUCCUUUCACAUGUCCUCCACCACAACACAAACUCUCAAACAACACAGCUUGAGGGAUGAACUCACCUCUUUGACAGAGGCACCCAUUCACUUAAAUACUCCACCAAAAGUCGAUUGCCCUGAGAAGUCACCAUUGCUACAUGGAGCUGUGAAGCUGUCCUUUGAAUCCUCUCUGAAACUGAAGGACGUGGAGACUAACAACAAAGGAGUGACUAACGGCGAGUAUGAGCCCUCAGACUGUACAGCGAGGCAGAGCGUAGCGAUCCUCAUCCCUCAUCGCAGCAGAGAGAGACACCUCCUCUAUCUCCUGCACCACCUGCACCCCUUUCUGCAGAGACAGCAACUACAUUACACAAUUUAUGUCAUCCAGCAGGCUGGUGAUGCAACUUUUAACCGUGCCAAGUUACUGAACGUCGGGUAUUUGGAGGCACUGAAAGACUACAAUUGGGAGUGCUUCAUCUUCCAUGAUGUGGACCUGGUUCCUGAAAAUGAUCACAAUUUAUAUGCCUGUGACAAGCAUCCCAAACAUUUGGUGGUUGGCCGGAACGUCACAGGAUACAAGCUACGUUACAAAGGCUACUUUGGAGGAGUCACAGCAAUGACCAAAGACCAGUUUCUCAAAGUGAAUGGAUUCUCAAAUACUUACUGGGGUUGGGGUGGAGAGGAUGAUGACCUUCGCAUCAGAGUUGGGCUGCAGAACAUGAAAAUUUUGCGGCCACCCCCUGAUAUAGCUCGCUAUACCAUGGUGUUUCACCAACGGGACAGUGGCAAUGAAGUGAACAGAGACAGGAUGAGGUUGUUGGGAAGAACACCACAGAUAUGGAGAAGGGAUGGACUCAAUAGCUGCUCAUAUAAGACUUUGUCAGUAGAGAGGCUGCCUCUUUAUGUGAAUGUUACUGUGGACAUUGGUAAGCCACGGAGUUGAGAUGUCAAACAGGAAACCCUGCUGUGGUCCCAACAUAUUGUGAUAUAUUUUAUACAGUAUGUUUAGACCACAGACUGCAGAGAAGCUACUACUGUGUCCAAGAUGUUAAGCACACAAAAUACACAUUGUUUUUGAUUAGUU